AUGGCUCCCCGCAAGAACAACGAGCCCGCUUCGUGGGAGGUCAACGCCGACAAGCCCAAGCCCGAGGGCGAGACCCGCGUCCACCGCUCUUACUCGGUCAAGGAACUCACUCUUCGUCCGGCUGAGGGCGUCGACACCGUCUUUGACGUUCUGUCCUAUGCCGCCCGCACCCACGGCAGCAAGAAGGCCCUUGCCUCCCGUGAGAUUGAGCGCAUGAUCUCGGAGGAGAAGGAUGUCAAGAAGAUGAUCAACGGCAAGGAGGAGACCAUCAAGAAGAAGUGGCAAUACUUCAAGCUCACUCCUCUGUCCUGGAUUUCGUACGACGAGCUUCUGCAGCAGGUCCGUGAGAUUGGCUCUGGUCUCCGUGCCCUCGGUGUUGGAGGUCCCGACGAGACCUUCUUCAACAUCUACGCCUCGACUGGCCCCAACUGGAUGCGUCUUGCCCAGGCCUGUGCCUUCAACGCGGUCCCCAUCUGUACUGCCUACGACUCGCUCGGCCCCGACGGUCUUGCUCACUCCCUCAAUGAGACCGAGGUGCGCGCCAUGUUCACCAACGCCGAGCUCCUCGGCACCCUCUCGACCAUUCUGCACAAGUGCCCCACUGUUCGCACUAUCGUUUACGACGGCAAGCCCCACGACCACCUUCUCGACAAGGUUCGCAGCGUUCGCGAGGGUAUCCAGCUCGUUCACGUCGACGAGGUCCGCAAGCUCGGUAUCGAGAAGCCGGUCGAGGCUAUCCCCGCCAACCGCGAUGACGUCUACUGCUGCAUGUACACCUCGGGUUCCACCGGUACCCCCAAGGGUGUGCUUCUCACCAACGGCAACAUUACCGCUGCUGUCGGCUCUGUCUGGACCAUCCUCUACGAGUACCUCUCGCCCGAUGACGUCUACCUUGCUUUCCUUCCCCUUGCGCACAUUCUCGAGUUUGCCGUGGAGAUGUCCUUCCUCUUUGCUGGUCUCCCCAUUGCCUACGGCCGCGUCAAGACCCUCACCGAUGCCUCGGUGCGCGAGUGCAAGUCGGACAUUAUGGAGGUUCGCCCCACCAUCAUGGUCGGCGUGCCCCAGGUCUGGGAGCUUAUCCGCAAGGGUAUUGCCUCCAAGGUCGAGCAGGGAAGCGCUCUCAAGAAGGCCGUCUUCAACGCUGCCUUCAAGUCCAAGGCGGCCGGCAUCCCCCUUCUCUCGGGUCUCGCCGACAGCGUCGUCUUCAGCCAGGUCCGCGCCCAGACUGGUGGCCGCCUGAAGAUCCUCUUCAGCGGUGGUGGCCCCGUUUCCAAGUCGACUCAGCACUUCCUGUCCAUUGCGCUUGUCAUGAUGAUCCAGGGCUACGGUCUGACUGAGGGCACUGCCAUGGCCUGUAUCCUCAACCCCGGCUGGAUGCAGUACAACAGUGUCGGUGGCCCCGUCCCCGGCUGUGAGAUCAAGCUCGUCGACGCCCCCGAGGCCGGCUACUUGAGCACCAACACGCCUCCCCAGGGUGAGGUCCAUCUCCACGGCCCCUCGCUCUUCAAGGGUUACUACAAGCGCCCCGACCUGGACGCCGAGGCCUUCACCAGCGACGGCUGGUUCAAGACCGGUGACAUUGGCCAGUGGAACCCCGACGGCACCCUCUCCAUCAUCGACCGUAUCAAGAACCUCGUCAAGCUCCAGGGCGGCGAGUACAUUGCCAUCGAGCACCUCGAGUCGAUCUACAAGUCGUGCUCGUUUGUGGCCAACGGUGCCGUCCUUGCCAACGCGCAGCACACCCAGCCCGCCAUGAUCGUCCAGGUCUCGCCUGUGGGUCUCCCCCACUUUGCCAAGAAGCACGGCCUCUCGGACUCGUCCGACCUCGAGUACCUCUGCAAGGACCCCGCCGUCGUCGCCGGCUGCCUCAAGGAGCUCAACUCGACCGGCGUCAAGCAGGGUCUCAAGGGCAUGGAGCUCCUCGAGGCCGUCGUCCUCACCCCGGACGAGUGGACCCCCGAGACCGGCUUCCUCACCGCGGCCCAGAAGCUCAACCGCAAGCACAUUGAGAAGCACUACCACAACGAGGUCAACGCCGUCUACAAGCUCCACCAGUAA